AAGCUCUUGACGUACACAGAAGAGAAGCGCACGCGCUAUAGAAGUGAAAGGCAAGAGAAAGAGAAAGAGAGAGAGAGAAAGAGAAAGAGAGAGCGAGCGUGGCAUAGGAGAUUAAUCAAAUAACAACAAUUUCGAUGGCCCGUAUUUAGGCGGCCUCACGCAGUGUAUUCUCGUUAACGAGCCGUGUUUAACUACAAGGUUAAACGAGCUUAAUUCUGAAGUUUAUUGGGCGCGAAGUGGUGGAUAUCUAUUUUCGAGGAUCCAAUAAGAAUGGCUGCCGUUUUAAGAAGAUUCAGAACCGUGCAGGUCACGGUAAUCGACAAGCCAAAAACAUCAUUGUUUAUUAACACUCGGUCCCUGGCAAGGUCAUUGGUACGACAAGAUAGUAAGAGAUGGAUAAGCAAACUUUUGGUAAGAAAGAUCGAACCAACGAAGGAGUCUCAUUCGCGAAUGCUUUCGGACAAGGAUGUGAUUUAUGCUUUACAUACGCAUAAUGUCCGUCCUGAUUCUAUCGAUAAAUAUUUAACUAACUACGAACAAAAUGUUGAUCUAAUACAUUCGAAAAAAUCUGAUCUGAAAUGUGAAUUAGUUGGAUCAUGGACUGUUGCAGUAGGGGAUUUAGAUCAAGCUUUACAUCUCUGGCAAUAUACUGGUGGCUAUGAACGUAUUGAUCAUGCACAAAUUUUACUUUCCAAAGAUGAGAAUUAUCAACUUUUACUCAAGGAACGUGGAAAUUAUUUAAGAUCUCGUCACCUACAAUAUUUAUUGGCAUUUAGUUAUUGGCCGCCUCUUGAAAAACGUAAAGGUCCAAACAUAUAUGAAAUACGAAGUUAUAGCUUGAAACCUGGUACAAUGAUCGAAUGGGGCAAUAAUUGGGCUAAAGCUAUUAAUUUUAGACGUAAUAACGAUGAACCCUUUGCUGGUUAUUUUUCACAAAUUGGAAGGCUGUACAAUGUUCAUCACAUUUGGUGCUAUAAAGAUCUUCAAUCACGAAAAGAUACACGCGAAAGUGCUUGGAGAUUACCUGGGUGGGAUCAAUGUGUGGCAUACACUGUCCCUCUUAUAAGAGAGAUGCAUUGUCGCAUAUUAAGCCCAACUACGUUUUCCCCCACACAAUAAACUAUCAUUCUUGCAAAUACCAAUGCAUUUGUAUAAUAUCACUUAUUAUUACUUAUCUAUCAAUGUAAUAAUGUAAAAACAUUUGUUAUAAUGUACAUCAUAUAUAUAUAUAUAUAAUAUAUAUAAUAUAUAUAUAUAAUAUAUAUAUAUAAUAUAUAUAUAUAUAUAUAAUUCUGUAAUCUAUACGCGCAAUACGUUGAAUGCUAAAAUGUUUUGUUGUAUUACAACUGGCAGAAUGUAUUUUGCUACUAUUUCAAAUUCUAUAUUAUGACUAUAAGUAAAUGCAAGUUAUUUUAUUCAUUGUCAGUUGAAGCACAACAUUUAUGUAUAGAUGAAUAUACAAUAUUACUCUUUACAGUAGAGUGAUUUUUUUUUUCUUUUAACAGACAUCUAUUAUUUUUAAUAUAUUUUCUUUUAUGAUAAAAAAUUUUAAUUUUUAUAUAAUUCCAAAUAAAAAUUAAUUUUCUCUUGUUUACUAUAUAUUCACAUCUUUUUUAUUUUUUUUUUUUUUUUAUGUUUUGAUUGAAUUUAUUGAAUGUAAUUCAAAAGUUUAUAACAUGUAAAGAAAAGAAAAUUUAUAUAUAAAAAUCGUUUUCUUUUUAAUAAAAGUUAAAUAAUGAAGGGAA